AUGGCAAUUGUAUUUGGAUGUAAAAAAUUUUAUCAAUUUAUUUUUGGAAAAUUCUUCAUUUUGAGAACAGACAAUAAAGCUUUAGAGUAUAUACUGGGACCACGAAAGGGCAUUCCACAGACUGCUGAUAAUAGACUACAGAGAUGGGUAUAUUUCUUGUCGGGCUUUAGAUAUAUAACGGAGCAUGUAAGUUCAAAAGCUAAUGCUAACUGUGAUGCGCUCUCGAGGUUGCCAAUCGAUGAUAAUAUUAAGUUAACAAAUUCAAAAUUCUCACAUGUAUACUUUUUUGAUGAAGGUCUUAUCAGUUAUGAUUAUAAAAUUCUUGCAAACGAAAGUAAGACAGACAAAGAAAUUUCACAAGCAAUCAAAUAUGUAAUGCAAGAAUGGCCAAGUAACGAUACUAAUUUAUCAGGCGAACUUAAAAGUAUAUUUGAGAAAAGAUUAGAAUUAUGUGUAGAAAAGGGUUGCCUCUUUUGGGGUUUGAGAGCAAUUGUACCAAAAAAUAUGAGAAGGGUCAUAAUAAAUGAACUUCAUGCUACUCAUUUGGGCAUUGUCAAAAUUAAAAUGUUUUCAAGGUCUUAUGUAUGGUGGCCAGGUAUAGAUAACGAUAUUGAACGGAUGGUUAGAGAAUGCAACAUUUGUAUAAUCGAACGAAAAAAACCGCCACAUACACCACUGACGACAUGGCCUUACCCAAGUAAAGCAUGGGGGAGAAUACACUGCGAUUUUGCAGAACUAAUUCAAAAAUUAUUUGCCAGACACGGUCUUCCACUCCACUGUGUGACGGACGGAGGUCCACAAUUUCGUAGUGACGAAUUUUGUAAAUUUCUAGCAAAUAAUGGCGUAAAACAUUCUUUUAGUCCGCCUUAUCAUCCAGCUACAAAUGGAGCUGCCGAAAAUAAAGUACAGAUUUUUAAGGAUAAGGUUAAAAAAAUUGUUAAAGGGGGGGAAACUGUAGAUAAUGCAAUUAAUAUGUUUCUUUUCGACUACCGUAGCAUCGACCAUUGUACAACGGGUAAAAGUCCGGCGUAUCUACUUUAUAAAAGAGAACUACGCACGAGAUUCGAUAAACUACGUCCGUGCGUGGUUGAUCAUGUAGAUGACAAACAGAGAGCGCAAAUAGUAGCUAAGUCGGGGAAUAGAAACGUAGACUUUCAAAUAGGAGAUAAAGUAUACGUCGAUGACCACGGUGUGCGUGCGGAAGUGCGUAAGGAAGCAACAAUUGUAAGGCAAGAUUCGCCGUCUACUUUUGUCGUAGUAGACAAAAAUGACAAACGACAAAAGCGAGACGUAGAUCAAAUGGUCAGCAAUAAACCUACGAAACUACGACGCUCUCCUAGGUUGAACCAAGCUAAUAAUUAA